AUUAAAGCGACGGCUGCUGCGGCAGUAUGGAACAAAAUGCGCGGGAGACGUAGCUCGUAAAGGUUCACUUGUGUGGAAAGGACUCCAUCUCCCAUAGUGCACUGCGGGUCAGUCAGCGAAAGGGGUGUCGAAGAGGUGAAUUCAAGCGGGGGUUCAAACACGGAGCAACGCCGCCGCACGCUUUAUCUCGAGCUCUAAGCGUCUUUACUGGUUUCCUUUUUUAAAAAAAGGCGAAAAAAGACUGGAAGGCCUUUUGUGUGUAGUGAGGAGGGAAUACUCCGAAGCGGAAGUGACGCCAGAUAGGCCGGAAGGAGCGCGGGAGCGUGAGGGGAACAGCGUCCCCGUUCUGCUUCCGAGGUCAGAGGUCGCGCGGCUGACUGAAGAGGCUGGUCACGAUGCUGAUCAAAGUGAAGGUAAGGGAGGCUCUCAGCGGUUCCCCACUGGGGAGAGGGGUGGAAGAAGACCCGGGGGGGGGUCACCUCCUCGUGCCCCGGGGCAUGACGGGAGAGCUUUGCGGCUCCCCUCGCCCCUGCCGCGGUGCAUUGUGGGGCACCUGCAGGCACACACCCCCCCUCGUCCAGCCCUGGUUGUGUUGCGGGUGGGGCUCCUCCCCUGGCCAAGUGCAGAAAGAGAGGCUCCUCCCACAGCUUCCUCCUGCAGGCAGGAGGCAAACAGGUAGAGCUUCUCCUCCCCCCCCCGUCUUUUCACUGCGCUUGGGAGCGCUUCACCUGCUGAAUUUCCGCCUGCCAUGGAUCCUGACUCCCUCACCUGGUAGGUGCCUAGGCUAUGGAAAGGCUGGUCCAUGUCAUUUCAGACUUCAAAACGAAGCUGGGUCGGAAUAAAAUAUCACAGGAGAAUAAAAGUGCAACUUCAAUGCAAUAUUAAAAGGUCAAAAUGGGGGGGAAUCGCAGUUUGUAAUUUACUUGUCUGUCUGGGUCAAAACCUAAUCAAAAUCCUCGUAUGAUAGCGGGGAGCUGAUAGUCAGAUAUAUAAGCCUUGGGAGAUGCCCAAAAUUUGGGAGUCGUUGAAAAGGCGCAAUUGCCAGAGUACCACAGCUAUAUAUACUAACUGGCAAGUAAGUAAGCUCACGGUCAUGACUGAGAAGCCAACUUAAACACUUCAUUUUGACAAAACUUUUGAACCUAAUUUCUGUCACCAAAUUGCACAUAAUAAUUUUCUUUUGACCACUAGAGAACAGCAAUUGGGUUGACCCACAUUUGGUCUUUGAUAAAAUUUGUUCUUAUUUAUUGGUCAGAUAAGGAUUUUGAUCAGGCUUUGACCUGAAUAGACAAUUUGUUACUGCAUUGUUUUGUGAUUUUAUUUGGACUGCAUUUUUAUAUUGUUACAUUGUAUUAAAGUACGUUAUUUUCCUAUUAUAUUUCAAAGUAUUUUACAUUUUUUUUAUUCCUACCCAACUUAGCUUUUGAGUCUAGUUUUGCAGAUUGGAGUAAUAUACCGUAUUUUUCGCCCUAUAGGACGCACCGUCCCAUAAGGUGCACCUAGUUUUUUUGGGGGGGGGAAAUAAAGGGGAAAAAAUUAUUUCCCCCCCAGGCGCGGGGCUGGGGAAGCCAGAGCUUCCCCCGACCCCAGCCCCCAAACAGGCAGCUCUCUGCAAGCCGUGGGAGCCCAGCGCUGGCUCCCGCUGCUUGCGGAGAGGUCCGCGAAGCCUGGACGCGCUGAGCUCAGCGCGCGCAGGCAACUCUCCACAAGCAGCGGGAGCCCAGCGCCGGGCUCCUGCUGCUUGCGGAGAGGUGCACGAAGCCUGGAGAGUGAGAGGGGUCGGUGCGCACCGACCCCUCUCGCUCUCCAGGCUUCAGUGAAAGCCUGCAUUCGCCCCAUAGGACGCACACACAUUUCCCCUUCAUUUUUGGAGGGGGAAAAGUGCGUCCUAUAGGGCGAAAAAUACAGUAUCCUUUCAUGUGUUGGUAUAUAGCAUUCAUGCAAAUGGGAAAUUUUAGAUUUUAAAAAAUAUAUAUAUUAAAACAAGAAUAAACAGAAUAAAUUAUCCCUUUGCCCAAAAUUUUGUAUUUAUGAAUAAAAUAUACUAAUGUGGUAUAUAAAUUGUUUACAGGGCUGUCUUUUAAAUAGCAUUUUAAUUCAUUAUUUAAGGCAUUUUUUCCUCAGCUGGCCUACAAAUGGGAAAAAAAAGACUAGAAUAAAACAACAGUUUCAAUGACAGCAGUAUAGUGAGCCCAUCAGAAGCUUAGAUUCCAUCGGAGACUAGGUUAUAAACUAUUGAAUUAUGGGUGCUGGUCCAGAAUUUGGUAUUCAGCUCCACAGUUUAAUGAGCAGCUCAAAGAUGGUGCUGAAGAGCUCCACUCAGUGGUGAAACUGGAGGAAAUCAUUUUCAGCUGCAAACCCAACAUUGAAUUUUGGAGCUAUUGCCCAAGGUACAAUUUUUAAGUAUUUUGUCACUUAAUGCUGGGAUCAAAUAGAGCUCAAGAGUUCUGCUGGAACAGAGAUAGCAACCUUUUUUGGCAUGACUGUUGCUAGCACUGCUUCAAAGGUGGGAAAGGUGCCAGGGGAAUUCAUUGAACUGGGGUGCCACCACCCAGAAGGCUCUAGAAUAGGCUUCCCCAGACCUUGUGCGCUCUAGACAUUUUGGAAUACAACUCCCACCAGCCUCAGCCAGCACAGGUGAGGGGACUUGUAGUUCAAAACAACUGAAGGACACUGGAUUGUGGAAGACUCCCCGUACAUCUUAUACCUUGCCUACAGUUGUUCAUAUUGUAGGGGCACUCACAAAAGAGCUUCCUUGGAUGUUUUUGCUGCACUGGGGGGAGAGAAUAAGCAGGAAGAGGUGCUCUGUUCAGAUGGAGUUCUAGGCAUUACCUUUAAGCAUCUUUUCCUUUUGCUUUCUCCUCCUUGUUGGCAAACUUUCCGCCAAAUGGGGAGCUACCUGCUCUGCGUGUGAAUCUUGAGGCUUGCUGAUCAUCAGGCCGCACCCCAGGAAUCCCAUUUCAUGAAAAAUGCUAAUGCCACAGUCUUCUGUUGACUUGACAGGGCUUGCUUCUGUGUUUAAGAGCCAGCAGCCGUGCAAAGGGAAAUGGUUAUAAACCAGUGUUUUACAUUUCCCCCAACUGCCUGCCUCUAACUUCCUCUGGUGUUCAGAUUGGAGAUGGGUGGAGAGAUUGCCUCCAGUUUCAAAUCUGAGUUAUGAAUUGCCCCAGGGCAGAACUGGAAUUAGCCGGGAAUGCUGGAGUGAGGGGUUCUGGGAUACUGUCUCUGGUUCAUGGUGGAAGAAGAAAGCCGCAAGCUCCAGUUCUGAGCGUGAUCAGAGAGAGGAAGGUUAUAAUGAAUUGUGUCCGGGGAAAUGGUGGGAGCUACGGACGCGGGUGGCGCUGUGGGUUAAACCACAGAGCCUAGGACUUGCCGAUCAGAAGGUCAGCGGUUCGAAUCCCCGCAAUGGGGUGAGCUCCCAUUGCUCGGUCCCUGCUCCUGCCAACCUAGCAGUUCGAAAGCACGUCAAAGUGCAAAUAGAUAAAUAGGUACUGCUCCGGCGGGAAGGUAAACGGCGUUUCCGUGCGCUGCUCUGGUUCGCCAGAAGCGGCUUAGUCAUGCUGGCCACAUGACCUGGAAGCUGUACGCCGGCUCCCUCGGCCAAUAAAGCGAGAUGAGCGCCGCAACCCCAGAGUCGGCCACUACUGGACCUAAUGGUUAGGGGCCCCUUUACCUUUACAAUCCUGAUGCAGAAUGAGAAGGGAGUUUGGGGAGGGCCGUAAGCUCUCAAAAAGCACCCAGCCCCACCUUUCUUUGGGAGCAGCAGGAGGAAAAAAUGUCUGUCUUCUAGCCUUCGCUGCCUGAAGAGGUGGCUGGAUCAUUGUGCGGGAGAUGGGUGGCUGCUAGUAGCUGAGGCCUCUCUCUUUCGUUGCAGACGCUCACCGGAAAAGAGAUUGAGAUUGACAUAGAACCCACAGACAAGGUACCUUGGGCAGACAAACAUGGCGGGUGGGACGGUGGUGAUGAUAGCGGUGCCCUGCACCUACCAGGGGAAUCACCUGUUUGGUUUUUCCAUUCUAGUGUAUGGAGAGGGACAUGUCAUUUGCCCUGGUGUGUGGGGCUGGUUUGCGUCACUGUGGGUCCUGCCCAGCCCCUUGCACCAAGGCAAACAACAUAUCUCUCUCUUCCUCAAGUCCAGUUUUGCAGAACUGGCUGAGAUCAAACAGGCCCACUUCCUGUUGAACUUCCAGUGUGAAACAGGCAUUUUAAGUGAGGGUUCCUUUUUGCAAUGUAUGCUGUAUCCCUGCUGUACACCUCUUAGAAACUACAGCAUUAAGUGGUACGUAAAUUAUUCUCUGAAGAUGAAUGGAUUGAUCCAAUUGUGGAGGGAAAGGGGCUUUGUCGGUUGGUACCCAUGUCCUCUUUCUUCUGGCCCCCACCCACCCAGGCGUGGCCUGUUACCAGUCUGGCCAGAUGGUGGAGCUAUUCCUCCUCUGCUGUCUUGCUCUCAGGUAGUGGGCGAUGAGACAUGUUUGCCAAGGGCGUCCGUCCUCUUGAAAGGACAGCCAGGACUUUGCUGGCCAAGCAUGACAUCUCCUUCAUCAGCGCAACUGAACCACAAUGCCCACCCGCCUCCCAGUCACAUUGGUCCCAUGUGAGAAACAUUUGAGAGGUUCUUUUUUUAAAAAAUAAUUUUUAUUAAGUUUUCCAUUGAACAAUCCAAUCAUAUCACAUUAAUUAUUCCAAAUUAUACCAAUACAUAUCAUAAAGUCCAAAUAUUUCGCCAAAUUAUAUAUUUUUGUUGGGGGUUCCCAUGCUUCGAGUUCAGUAACUGAACGAGAAACAUUUGAGAGGUGCAUCAGAUCCUUCUGGGCCACAUUCAGGAGCUUUUGGGGCAGAGGCCACAAGGACAUAGCUGUCAACUUUUCCCUUUUCUUGCGAGGAAUCCUAUUCAGAAUAAGGGAAUUUCCCUUAAAAAAGGGAAAGCUAUGCAAGGAUGGGGAGGCCCAAAUGCUCAGAUGUUGCCCUUUGUGACAGCGAAACGAAUUGAAAGAGUCAAGCAGGCCGUUUUCCCCCCUGGGAAGUGAGUUUUCCCUCCAUCAGCCUUGCCCACUAGUGUUGAUGUGAGGUUGCAGCUAAAAACUGCUCUGGAUAGACUGUGACCCUUUUCUGUUCUCCUCUCUCUCUAUCUCUCUGCCCCCCUUCCCCCCCAGGUGGAGAGAAUAAAGGAGCGAGUGGAAGAAAAAGAGGGAAUCCCGCCACAACAACAGCGACUCAUCUACAGCGGCAAGCAGAUGUGAGUCCACCAGGAUCAGUGGCUGCUUCCCAGUGUAUUGUGGGGAAUGCCUGGCUUUUGUAAUACUGCUAGAGUAGAAGCAGAGGCUGCCCUAGGGCGUUGCGGGAUAAUUGUUUUAUAGGACGGUGGCCCUCAGGUCUCAUCAGGCCAAGCCACAGCACCCGGCCCUACAGGUAUGGGGCUGGUGAAAACCUGGCUUAGCCGUGGCGGGGGUUGCAAGCUUGGAAAACGCAGGGCAAAGUGCUGCAGUAGACAGCUUUUUGGAAAGGCAUGGCAAUAAUAAUAGUAGUAGUAGUAAUAAUAAUAAUAAUAAUUUUAUACCCUGCCCUCCCCUGCCAGAGCCGGGCUCAGGGCGGCUAACACCAAUAAAAUUAUAAUAAAACAUAAUUGGGCUGGGAGACAAACAAAAACCAGUUUAUUAAAAUGCGGGUUAAAAUACCAUUUAAAAUGCAGCCUCAUUUUAAUAGUAGCCCAUAAAUCAAAACCUUAAGGGGAGGGAAACAUAAGGGUCAGGCUGAGUCCAAACCAAAGGCCAGACGGAACAGCUCUGUCUUGCAGGCGGAAAGAUGCAAGACCCAGCUGAUUUGUCAGCCCCUUUCAAAAGGUUGCAGAGCGCUUUGCAAAGCAUUUUACAAGGCUAGCGUGCGACAAAAAGUCACCUGAUGCUAUUGUGGCAUCAGGUGAUUGGCAGGUGGCGGCCCCACGAGGGGUGGAGGAGAUAACGAUCCGGCUCACUGGCAUUUCUGUGCUGCCUUUCCAUGAAAAAACACCCCCAAAGGUGGAUAGCGACAAUAACAGCCGCAAUAUUUUAUAUAUUAGAUGUAUAUAUAUAUUUUAAAAACAAUAUUGCAAGAAUGCCAUAUGAUCAUGAGGGGCUAAGAGCAGAGAGAAAAAAGCCAGUUUAGAAACAUGAUUUCAUUUAAAAGGCAUAUUUAAACACGAUAGCAGCAGAAGAAAGCAGUUGAGGUCCAGUUGGCCAAAUACUUGCUUUAAAUGGAAAGGGUUUUCCCUACUAGAAGAGGGCUAGACCAGCCUCCCUCAGCAGGAUGUUCCAGAGUUUGGGACCAGCCACUUCAGUUGAAAUCCCUGCAUUUCAGGGGGUCGGACUAGAUGACUCUUGGGGUCCAUUCCAACUUUACGAUUCUGCAAAAGCCCUUCUUCAAGUUCCUGCCAAACACAUUCCAUAUAUAAGUGGGAGAGAAACAAGAUUAAUAAUAACAAUAAUUUUUUAUUUGUAUCUCGCCCAGCCGAGGCUGGACUCAGAGCAGCUAACAUCAUAAAACAACAUAAUAUGCAUAAAAUCAGACAUCAAUUAAUUAAAAUACAUCUUAAAAUUAAUUCAGACAAGUUAAAAUCAGGGCAGGUGGCAGUUAUCAGGUUGGAGUUGAGAGUGGUUAAUACUUGCCAGGACCAACUGUUUCCACUGAUCCUACAAGGAUCUGUGAGUGAGUUGGGGGUCUCCUUUGGGCUUGUUUUAUACAAAGGAAAGUAAGUCAAACUGCAUCCUGCCCAAAGGCCUGGCAGAACAGCUCCAUCUUGCAGGCCCUGUGGAAAGAUGCCAAAUCUUGCAUUGUCUCCGGAAGAUCUGAGCACCCCUGGCCACCUCAGAAGUACAGUUACAAUGUACCUGGGUGUAUUAUAUGGCCUGUUGCUCAACUAUACAAUACAUCCGUGCAGACCUUAUCCCAGCCUUUGCAAAUCUGGAGCCCUCCAGAGGUUUGAGUCUUAGGUAGGGGAACGCUGGGAAAGAAAACUACCUUGUGCAAAAAUGUUUGCCUCAGUUAAUAAUGAAUGAAGUAACAUUAUUAUGGGCCAAGCCCAUUUUCUUCCUUCAACGAUAUCUUAUUGUUGGAGUAUGAGCAGGGUAAAAAUAUUAUUAUUACAGUGGUACCUUGGGACGCGGGUGGCGCUGUGGGUUAAACCACAAAGCCUAGGACUUGCCAAUCAGAAGGUCAGCGGUUCGAAUCCCCGCAACAGGGUGAGCUCCUGUUGCUCGGUCCCUGCUCCUGCCAACCUAGCAGUUCGAAAGCACGUCAAAAAGUGCAAUUAGAUGAAUAGGUACCACUCUGGCGGGAAAGUAAACGGCGUUUCCGUGCGCUGCUCUGGUUCACCAGAAGCAGCUUAGUCAUGCUGGCCACAUGAACUGUAUGCCGGCUCGCUCGGCCAGUAAAGCGAGAUGAGCGCCCCAACCCCAGAGUCGGCCAUGACUGGACCUAAAGGUCAGGGGUCCCUUUACAACCAAGGUACCACUGUACUACUACUUGGUAAGUGACAGCCGUAAUGUGUUGCGCUGUAUUACAUGCCUGUUGCUGGACUACGCCAGUCUGUAGAGCCCCAGCCCCUGGGGCUUCUGGGGGUUGUAGUCCAGAACAUUUGUAGGACUCCAGCCUGGCCCAGGGCGGUCUAACCACUCCUGCCUUCUCCUCUUCCCAGGAACGACGAGAAAACAGCCGCCGACUACAAGAUCCAGGGCGGCUCUGUGCUCCAUUUGGUCUUGGCGCUACGAGGGGGAGGCCUGCGAUGAUAGCGCACCCGUCCCUCGGCACGUCCCCCUCUCCCUCCCCACCUCCCCACAAAGGACAGAUCUGCCGUUUGCGUGUGGGACACCGCCAGGCUGCGCAUAGCUACCCUCCAAAACCCUUUCUUCCUCCCGGAUCCAGGAAGAAAAUGGGUGCCGCUGCCGCCCACCACUCCAGAGAUCUUCCGCAAGCUGUCAUUUGAGGGAGGUGCCAUUUAGCAGGGGCUUGAGAGGGGGAGUCCAUGGUUUGUUGCCUUCCUGGGGGAUUCCGCAUCCCGCCGGCCCCAAUCCUGAUGCAUUUCCACCCCGGCAAUGUCUCAAGUGCUGCCUAUGCUCGUUGGCUGUGUUUUGCCUCCCCUCGUUCAAAUGUCCUUCUCCCUGCCCACUCCCCCUUCCCGCAGUUGAAAUGGCUGAAUGUUAAAUAAAGGUGUUUCACGUGGUUUCUUGA